CAAACGAGAGAGCAACACUUUUGUUUCUUACACACAGAGAGAGCAACACUUCACUGUCAUGGACUGAAAUAGUGUCACUAUAGCAACGGAUGUAAACAGUUCAUCAGAUAAGAUGAAGUCAAUAACCACAGGAGGAGCUGAUGAUGAUUAAAGGAGGAGCUGUAACUAUAUAUAAUGAAGAGGAAGAGCUGUCACUAUAUCUAAUGAAGAGGAAGACGGACAGAAGCAGAAAUGUCUGAUCAGUGUGAUCUGUGUCUGCUGGGACUGAUCAUUCUCUCUUCACUUCUCACAGGAACCAGUGGAGAUGAUCAUGUGUUCAUCAGUUCUGGUGUAGAUGUCUCUCUGCCCUGUAAUAAACAUCUUUCUGACUGCAAAUCAACAUCAUGGACCCACUCUAACAGCUUCGGACAUUCAUGGGUUGAACUGAUUACUGGAGGAAUAAAGAAUAAAGAAACAGAGAGACAUGAGAGACUGAGUCUGGAGUCUGACUGCUCUCUGAACAUCAAGAACGUCACUGGAGAUGAUUAUGGAUUAUACAGAUGCAGACAAUAUGUGAACGGAGAACAACAAGGAACUGAUGCUUAUGUUUUUCUGCAUGUUCUUCAUGUUUCAGUGUCUUCAUCAUCAUCUUCAUCAUCAUCCUCACAGACUGAGAUCAGUCCAGGCCGCUCUGUGACUCUCUCCUGUCAGUUUUAUUCAUAUACUGGAUACUCCUGUGAUGAUCGGGUUCAUUCUGGGGGAGUUGAGCUGUUGUGGGUGAAUCAGGCUGGUGUUGAUCUGAAGACAGACUCCAGAUAUCAGAUAUCAUCAUCAUCAUCUCCACAUCGCUGUAUCAUCACUCUGACUACAACACUCCUGGAUGAAGAUGACAACAGAGAGUGGAGAUGUCAGCUUACUCAGAGAAAUCAAGUCCAGACGUCAGUCAGAUACACUGUCAAGUAUUCAGCUCAAGCUGAUUCAACGACAGCAGUGAAUCCAGUCCACAUCACACACUCUCAGGAUCCCUCAACUAUAAACACACACGUUUCUAAAGAUCAAGCUGAUUCAACAACACCAGGCACAAACUCUCCUGCAAUCACAGUCAUAGGGAUUUCUGUCGCUGCAGUCGCUGUUCUCCUUCUUGCUCUUCUCUGGCUGAUCUGCAGAAAAACAGCUGAUAAUAAAGUCGGGACUGGCGACUCUGCGGUCAAAGAUGAGGAUGAACAUAAAGGGACGUAUGAGACGAUCAACAUGUCCAUUCCUCCUGAUCUAAGAGCCGAUGAGCAGACAGAUGAUGUGACUUAUUCUGAGGUCUCUUCUUUCAACACAAAGCCAGUAAAAUCACUGGAUGAUCAUGAUACCGUGACUUACGCUGCCAUCAGAGGAAGAGAAGAUAAACCGCAGGAUCAACUUUACAAGAACAAGACCUUCACAAAUACACAUUAAUGACACAGAUCAUGAGCUCAUCACAUCAGGAGCCGACGGGAAGAUUUCAUCCGGUGUUUGGAGGAAUGAGUGUGUGAACGAGCAGAUAUUUGUUGAAUGUGAAUCAUCAUCUGGUCUGUCGUCGGUCAGAGCGCAGGAUCUCCUCUAUAUCAUCACCGCUACAGUAAAGAUGGAGAUUAUCCGCUCUGAAAACCUUCAUCUUCAUCAUCCUCUUGCUUCAGCUUGUAUAUCAGCGCUUUCUUCUACAGAGAGACGUCCGUCUGAGAAGUACAUCAGUGCUUUCAUUAUAUUGCCAUAAAAUAGUUAAAGUAAUUUGCAGUGUGUAUAUGUUACGAAAUUAAAUGUCAGUUAUUGCUUUUCUCACAUGUGACAAUAAAGAGCAAGACAAAUCAUGGGUUAAAGAAAAGUGUUUGUGUCCUCCAUUCCUGUAGAAACACACACAACUAAACUUGCUCUUGUUAGCUGGAAAGUUGUUUUAAAAUAAUAAAUUCGAGAGCUUGUAGAUUUGAAUUUGAGCAGAAAAUAUUGAUGUUUGUGAACUGAAAUUUACCCUCAUAGUUCUGAUGUGAAAGUCUGAAUGUUUCGAUUCACACAGACCAUAAACUAGUCAGACGUUCCCAACUAAGACAAACGUGCAGCGAAGGGUUUAUUAUGAUGAGCAUUGCACUGACCUCGUACCGUAUGCACACCGAUGAUGAGGAAACGAUGGAGUCUGGUCAUCUACAGCUUUCAGAUGAGCUUCUGGAGUCGGGGUUUCAUCCCUGUUAUAGGAAUUAAGUCUCAUUCAGUGAGAGUCGGUAGUGAUGAGUGAACUUCUCCAUCUGUCCAUUCUACACUUACUCCCCCGAGAAAAUGUGGAUUUCUCAGACCUACAUUUCUGCAUUUUAAGGUGUUUGAAGGUCAUAAAAAUGGUAUAACAAUAGCUUUAAAAGCAUGUUGCAUAAAAGAUUACAGAUUCUUAAAUAUGAGAAUGAGGAUAAAUGUUGAAAUGAAUGAUGAAUGAAUGUUUCUGCUUAUUGUUGACACACAAUCCAUAUUCCGAACAGGAAUGGCCUUAAUGAGAAAUCUUUCAAGGAUUAUUUUGCAUAGAUGUUAUUUCAAUCAAACACCAGUGCAAUCUUUUUGUGUCCAGAGGAAAAUGAGCAAUUUAUAUAUUAGCAUUAAAGAUUGGUUUCAGCAACUUGUUUCUUUCUAAGG